AGUGCCUCAGCCCUCGUGGUCCCUGGCCAAAGAGUGCCUCAGCCCUCGUGGUCCCUGGCCAAAGAGUGCCUCAGCCCUCGUGCCUCAUCCCUCGUGGUCCUGGCAAAGAGUGCCUCAGCCCUCGUGGUCCCUGGCCAAAGAGUGCCUCAGCCCUCGUGGUCCCUGGCCAAAGAGUGCCUCAGCCCUCGUGGUCCCUGGCCAAAGAGUGCCUCAGCCCUCGGGGUCCCUGGCCAAAGAGUGCCUCAGCCCUCGGGGUCCCUGGCCAAAGAGUGCCUCAGCCCUCGGGGUCCCUGGCCAAAGAGUGCCUCAGCCCUCGGGGUCCCUGGCCAAAGAGUGCCUCAGCCCUCGUAGUCCCUGGCCAAAGAGUGCCUCAGCGCUCGUGGUCCCUGGCCAAAGAGUGCCUCAGCCCUCGUGGUCCCUGGCCAAAGAGUGCCUCAGCCCUCGUGGUCCCUGGCCAAAGAGUGCCUCAGCCCUCGGGGUCCCUGGCCAAAGAGUGCCUCAGCCCUCGGGGUCCCUGGCCAAAGAGUGCCUCAGUCCUCGGGGUCCCUGGCCAAAGAGUGCCUCAGCCCUCGGGGUCCCUGGCCAAAGAGUGCCUCAGCCCUCGGGGUCCCUGGCCAAAGAGUGCCUCAGUCCUCGUGGUCCCUGGCCAAAGAGUGCCUCAGUCCUCGGGGUCCCUGGCCAAAGAGUGCCUCAGUCCUCGGGGUCCCUGGCCAAAGAGUGCCUCAGUCCUCGGGGUCCCUGGCCAAAGAGUGCCUCAGUCCUCGGGGUUCCUGGCCAAAGAGUGCCUCAGUCCUCGGGGUCCCUGGCCAAAGAGUGCCUCAGCCCUCGGGUCCUGGCCAAAGAGUGCCUCAGCCCUCGGGGUCCCUGGCCAAAGAGUGCCUCAGUCCUCGGGGUCCCUGGCCAAAGAGUGCCUCAGCCCUCGGGGUCCCUGGCCAAAGAGUGCCUCAGCCCUCGGGGUCCCUGGCCAAAGAGUGCCUCAGUCCUCGGGGUCCCUGGCCAAAGAGUGCCUCAGUCCUCGGGGUCCCUGGCCAAAGAGUGCCUCAGCCCUCGUGGUCCCUGGCCAAAGAGUACCACAGCCCUCGUGGUCCCUGGCCAAAGAGUACCACAGCCCUCGUGGUCCCUGGCCAAAGAGUACCACAGCCCUCGUGGUCCCUGGUCAAAGAGUGCCACAGCCCUCGUGGUCCCUGGACAAAGAGUGCCACAGCCCUCGUGGUCCCUGGCCAGAGUGCCACAGCCCUCGUGGUCCCUGGCCAAAGAGUACCACAGCCCUCGUGGUCCCUGGUCAAAGAGUGCCACAGCCCUCGUGGUCCCUGGCCAAAGAGUACCACAGCCCUCGUGGUCCCUGGCCAAAGAGUACCACAGCCCUCGUGGUCCCUGGUCAAAGAGUGCCACAGCCCUCGUGGUCCCUGGCCAAAGAGUACCACAGCCCUCGUGGUCCCUGGCCAGAGUACCACAGCCCUCGUGGUCCCUGGCCAGAGUGCCACAGCCCUCGGGGUCCCUGGCCAAAGAGUGCCACAGCCCUCGUGGUCCCUGGCCAAAGAGUGCCUCAGUCCUCGUGGUUCCUGGCCAGAGUACCACAGCCCUCGUGGUCCCUGGCCAGAGUGCCACAGCCCUCGGGGUCCCUGGCCAAAGAGUACCACAGCCCUCGUGGUCCCUGGCCAAAGAGUGCCUCAGUCCUCGUGGUCCCUGGCCAGAGUGCCACAGCCCUCGGGGUCCCUGGCCAAAGAGUGUCACAGCCCUCGUGGUCCCUGGCCAAAGAGUGCCUCAGUCCUCGUGGUCCCUGGCCAGAGUACCACAGCCCUCGUGGUCCCUGGCCAGAGUGCCACAGCCCUCGGGGUCCCUGGCCAAAAAGUACCACAGCCUUCGUGGUCCCUGGCCAAAGAGUGCCUCAGUCCUCGUGGUCCCUGGCCAGAGUGCCACAGCCUCGGGGUCCCCUGCCAAAGAGUACCACAGCCCUCGUGGUCCCUGGCCAAAGAGUGCCUCAGUCCUCGUGGUCCCUGGCCAGAGUGCCACAGCCCUCGGGGUCCCUGGCCAAAGAGUGCCUCAGUCCUCGUGGUCCCUGGCCAAAGAGUGCCUCAGUCCUCGUGGUCCCUGGCCAAAGAGUGCCACAGCCCUCGUGGUCCCUGGCCAAAGAGUGCCACAGCCCUCGUGGUCCCAGACCAAAGAGUGCCACAGCCCUCGGGGUCCCUGGCCAAAGAGUGCCACAGCCCUCGGGGUCCCUGGCCAAAGAGUGCCACAGCCCUCGUGGUCCCUGGCCAAAGAGUGCCACAGCCCUCGGGGUCCCUGGUCAAAGAGUGCCUCAGUCCUCGUGGUCCCUGACCAAAGAGUGCCACAGCCCUCGGGGUCCCUGGCCAAAGAGUGCCUCAGCCCUCGUGGUCCCUGGCCAAAGAGUGCCUCAGCCCUCGGGGUCCCUGGCCAAAGAGUGCCUCAGCCCUCGUGGUCCCUGGCCAAGAGUACCACAGCCCUCGUGGUCCCUGGCCAAAGAGUACCACAGCCCUCGUGGUCCCUUUAUCAAAGAGUACCACAGCCCUCGUGGUCCCUGGACCAAAGAGUGCCACAGCCCUCGUGGUCCCUGGACAAAGAGUGCCACAGCCCUCGUGGUCCCUGGCCAGAGUGCCACAGCCCUCGUGGUCCCUAG